AUGGCUGUUCUCACCGACGACAGGAAGGCCUCCCAAUUGCUGGAGUCUGAGCCAUCCUUCCCCUCCACCCGUGACUGCUGGCACUGCGGCUUUGAGCGAGACCUGUGCCUCACCAUCGUGGUGGCGGGUGCUUCGGGAGACUUGGCUAGCAAGAAGACCUACCCCGCCUUGCAGUUUCUUCACCACAAUGGCUUCUUGCCGCGCAAAGUGGCCAUUAUCGGCUAUGCACGCACUCAAAUGAGCGAUGAGCAGCUGCGCACCAAGCUGCGACCGCGGCUGAAGGGCAGCGAGAAGGAGGUAGACAAGUUCCUGGAGGGCUGCACUUACGUAUCAGGGUCCUAUGAUGGCAGUGAAGGCUGGCAGAAGCUGGCGGCGGUGCUGGAGGCUCGGGAGGCGAAGCACCGCGGCUGCCCGUGCGGACGGCUGUACUACCUGGCCCUACCGCCGUCUGUCUAUCCCCAAGUUUGCACUGGCCUUAAGACAUACUGCGAUGGCCUGCCGAGCGUGGAGGGUUCAUGGAUCCGGGUGGUUGUGGAGAAGCCGUUUGGUCUGGACCUGCAGAGCAGCGAGGAGCUGGCUGAGGAGCUGGGCAAGCUGUAUCCCGAGAGCCAGCUGUACAGAAUCGACCACUACCUGGGAAAGGAGAUGGUUCAGAAUCUGUUCGUGAUUCGAUUUGCCAACAUGUUCACCGCCCCUCUCUGGAAUCGCAAUUGCAUAUCCAACGUGCAGAUCACUUUCAAGGAGGAUUUUGGGACGCAGGGGCGGGGCGGCUACUUUGACAGCUUUGGGAUUGUGCGAGACGUUAUCCAGAACCAUCUAAUCCAGCUGCUGGCCAUGCUCGCCAUGGAGAAGCCGCUCAGCAUCCACCCUGAUGACUUGCGCGACGAAAAGGUCAAGGUGCUGCGGUGCAUCAAGCCGGUUCAGCCGCACAAUGUGGUGUUAGGGCAGUACACGGCAGCAGACGCACAGCCAGGGUACACAGACGACCCCACGGUGCCUGCCGGCAGCAAGACGCCCACGUUUGCUUCUGUCACUGUGUUCAUUGACAACGACAGGUGGGCAGGGGUGCCAUUUGUGCUGAAGGCGGGCAAAGCACUGAAUGAGCGCAAGGCGGAGAUCCGGGUGCAGCUGCGCUCCACGCCGCACUUUGUCUUUAAUGGCGAGCCGGAGGCCAUGCGCAACGAGCUGGUAGUGCGACUGCAACCAGAUGAGGCUAUUUAUUUGAAACUCAUUGUCAAGAAGCCAGGGCUGGAGAUUGACACCGCCAUCAGCGAGCUGGACCUCGACUACAGGCAGCGCUACCCGGGGGUGGUGAUCCCCGACGCCUACCCCCGCCUCAUCCUCGACUCCAUCCGCGGCGACCAGCAGCACUUUGUGCGCAGGGAUGAGCUGCGCGCGGCGUGGGCGAUAUGUACUCCGAUUUUGCACCUGAUAGACGCGGGGGCGCUGCCUGUGCACCCCUAUCCCUACGGUAGCAGGGGCCCUCCCGAGGCCGACGAGCUGCUGGCGCGGGCGGGGUUUGUGAAGAACUCGCGGUACGACUGGCACGAGGCGGGUGCGGCACGCCUGUGAUCUCGGCUGGGCUAGCCCAGCGCUGUGCAGCGCUGUGCAGGCGGGCUGCCGCCGACGCCUUCCCCCAACCCCCAUUUUGCAAAAGUUGGAACUUUUGAAGUAUGCUCCUGAUGCAUGCAAGUAAAUUUAAGGCCAAGGUAGGUGGCGAUACCGGAGCAUCCCUGGGCCAUGACGUCCCGCCGCCUUUGCCCGCUCGCCCGCCCCUUGCCCCCCCCGUCCGGCGGGGGGCGCAGUGUCUUACCUCUUCCCGGGCUGCAGCUGAUUCGCGACACUGGUCGAUAGAGGCCUCAACUGCUGUUUUGGCUGCGCCCUUGCACUUUCGUCCGAGGUUGGCUCCGGUGUUCUCUGUCCCCACUGCUGGUGUUUUGAUCGCCCACCUUCUUUCAGACUUGCUUGUUGGUUGGUCCCAACCUGUCGUAAAAUACUGAGUACAGCCUUGGGCUUUCUUGUUAUAAAAUGCUAGCGCUUGUGACAGGCCCUGUCUGUUCCUCCACCUGGCGCCAGCUAGGCGACAUGACGUGAUAUCUCUACACACAUCGCAAAACCCGCUGCGUAACUCCGCUAUUCC